CACCUUUUUCUUUUGAUUUCUUUAAUUUCCCAAACAAAUAUUACAGUGCAAUAUAGUAGGUACAAGAAUCUGUUUUCUGUGGCACAAGGCCCCCACAUUUACAUUUUUCUUAUUUUUUUACUUCACAUAAUUAGUCAACCACACCAAUUUUUCUUGGAUCUUGCAACCAAAUUUUUGUAUUUUGGUCACCCCCAAAACCUUAAUUUGCUGAAAAGCAUUCUAGAUUUGAUUUCAAACUCCAAGAAAUUGACUCUAGAACAUUUAAAACCCCCAAAAAAAAUUGAUUCAAUAAAGCAUUUUUUGGGGGUUCUUGAACUGUUUUUCUUGGCAAAACAUUUCUGGGUAUUUGCUGAUUUGGUUCAAAAAUCUGAUCUUUAAUCAAGAAUUCAACUUUUUUUGUGAUUAAGUUGCAGUGGGGUAGCUAUGAAUUUCAGAAACAUGGAGGAAUUUUGGCCUUUUUACAUGAACCAGCACUCAAAACUAGCAACAAGGCGUUGGCAUUUUGUGGGUACACUUUGCAGUAUCUUGUGCUUGGUUUACACACUGCUGUUUAAUAAGUGGUUUGUGAUUUUUGUGCCAAUUCUUGGGUAUGGCUUGGCUUGGUAUAGUCAUUUUUAUGUUGAAGGGAAUGUUCCUGCAACAUUUGGACACCCUUUUUGGUCUUUAUUAUGUGAUUUCAAGAUGUUUGGUUUGAUGCUCACUGGCCAAAUGGAUAGAGAAAUCAAAAGGCUUGGGAAAAGGCCUGUUUUACAGGUCUAUUAAUGCUUUCCCUAAGCUCUCUUGUCUUGUGUUCUAUUGAUAUACUUGUAUUUGCAUCUCCAAAUGCUUUUUGUUUCUAUUCAGAUUUACAUACUGAUAUUGGAUUGUCUAGACUUGUAUAUAAAUCUACUGUUUGUUGUCAACUUUGGAAUGGAACAUGUUUUUGCUAUA